AUGUUCUCCAAGAAGCUCGACACCAUACAAUCUAUGGUAGAAAGGCUCCCCGGGGUGGCACCUCCGAUUCGGAAAAGUAAUCCCGGUUCUUACGCUGAUACUCCUUUCACGGACAACAUUGCCCUGAUCGAGAUGCCGAGAAAGUUCUACUUCCCCAACAUAAAGAUGUAUGACGGCACCGGCGACCCAGACGACCACAUCGCUCAGUACAAACAAAGGAUGCUAGCUGUAGCACUCCCAAGGGAGUUCCACGAGGCUACCAUGUGCAAGGGAUUCGGCUCAACCCUGAUCGAAUCCAUAUCUUCAUUCGCGGCCCUCAGCGAUAAGUUCGUAGAGCAGUUCGCAAGUAGCCGGAGCCUGGAGAAAACCUCAGACAGCCUCUACGAAAUCCUCCAGCAUCGGGUCAAACCCCUUCGCAAUUAUAUAGCUCGCUUCAAUCAGGAAAAGGUAUCGAUUCCCGAAUGCAACAUCACUACGGCAAUCUCAGCGUUCAAAAAAGGCUUGCUCCCAGACGGGGAUCUCUAUAAAGAACUCACCAAGUACCAGUGCAAGACCAUGGAAGAUGUAUUGUCUCACGCAUGGGCCCAAGUGAAAUGGGAAGAGGAUGUCGCGAGCCGCGCCAAGGCUCAACAGAAACAAGAUCAGAAAGCAGCCAGGCAAGACCGAAACGAUAGAGACGAGAGGUCCUCCCAGAAACCCACGAAAGACCAAGGAGGCAGGAACCGGGGUACGUACAUGAGCCAUCCACUCGAGAGAGCGAAAGGGAUGUCGGUGUCUACCUGGCCAGAUAUCUCACACUUGUCUGUAACCCAACCAGAGCUAAUCAACGCCCUAAGGCAGAUGGGUCAACAGGUUAAGUGGCCCCCGAAGAUGAGGGCACCCGAUUCCUUCCGGAACCUCGACCUCUGGUGUGAGUUCCACCGUGACCAUGGUCACAAGAUGGAGGACUGCAUCGCAUUAAAGAUUGAAGUCAACGAGCUCCUCCAAAAGGGAUAUCUCCGGGAAUUCCUCUCAGAAAAGGCGAAGAACCUCCUAAGCAAGGAGACACCCAGGAAAUAUGGUGAAACCAAGCCCGCGUCACCACCUCGACAAGACCGAGUAAUCCAUGUCAUAUCCGGAGGUUGA